AUGUCUGAGACGGUUGUGGAAAAUCCUGAUUCGAUGGUUGUCGAGAAGCCGGCUUCUUGUUUGCACAACCUCGACUUGAAUGAACUGCUCACGCCAGAUCAUGACGACUCAGCGAUGCUGAUACUAAACCAAAAGAUAGACAUAGGCAAGCUAUUUGAAAAAUUGUGGGCCAAUUACCAAGUGCGCAUUUGCGCAGACGGCGGUGCAAACAGACUUUAUGAGUAUUUUUCACACGACAUUGAACGCACCAAGUUUUUGCCGGAUUAUAUAGUGGGUGACUUGGACUCUGUGCGUAAUGAAGUUCUGAAUUUCUACCUGGAUAACGGAGUUUCCAUCAUCGGACAGUCCAGUCAGUAUUCUACAGAUUUCACCAAGAGUUUGCAGCUCUUGUCGCUGCAUUUUUAUCAUCCAGAAUUUCAACAGAUGCUGAAAACCCAUACCUUCCAGCAAAACUACGGCAUCGACGAUUGUGACGGUCUCUACAAAAUGUACAAAGCCAACCGUGCAAGCUGGAGCACUCGCAACAUUAAUAUCAUGGUUUUGAAUGCCAUUGACGGCCGUUUCGACCAAACUAUACACUCCGUGACCCAGCUGUAUACGGCCUCUAAAACAGACGCUUACUAUCGUUUGUGCUACCUUACGUCCACAGACCUCAUCAUAUUGGUACCCACGGGUGGUGCGCUGAUCAAAUACGACAAACACUUCAAACUGCAAUGCAUCAAAAACUGUGGUCUUUUGCCUCUAGGCGGCCCCACCCUGAUCAAAAAUACCAAAGGAUUGAAAUGGGAUGUUUCAAACUGGCACACCAGCAUAAUGGAAGGGAAAGUAAGCAGCAGCAACCGAUUUGUGGGAGAAGAUUGCUGUUAUAUCGAUGUAAAGGAUCCUGUAGUUCUGAGCAUCGAACUGACGCUCGAAAAAUUGCACGAUUUUAUAUAA